GCGAUGGCGGGGUUGGAGCAGUGGGUGAGUGACCGUCUCCAUGACAUCCUGGGCCUGAGCGACCGAUACGUUUCUCAGUUCAUGGUCGGUUUAGCGCGAAAGUCCUCCAGCGCUGACGACUUCGUCACGAGACUCCAACAAACAGGAACCAUCGAUAUAGACCAGAGCGUCACCAGCUUUGCUCAUGAGCUCUAUGCAAAGAUCCCUCAGAAAGCGGUUGUGGAGAAGCCGGCUCGGGCUCUGGAGCGGCAAGUGUUGGAGAUGCAGAGGAAGAAUCAGACGUACACUCUGCUGGAGGACAGCGACAGCGACGAAGGCGGAGCCAGAGAGACCAAACCCAAAAAGACCAAAAGAGAGAGGGAGAGAGAGAAAGAGAGAGAGAGGGGGAAAAGGAGGAACAUCAGGCAGAAGAAGGACAGCGAGUCAUCCAGUGAAGAGGAACUGCCCAAAAAGAGUGUCUCAGAUCAGAAAAGCAUAAAGCCGGAGGAAGAGGAAGAGGAAUGGGAGAAAGAGGAGAGAGAGAGACUCCACGACCUGGAGGAGAGAGAUGCCUUCGCCGAGAGAGUGAGACAGAAGGAUAAAGACAAAACACGGAACAUCGCUGAGCGCACGGACAAGAAGGCCUAUGAAGAGGCUCAGAAGAGACUGAAGAUGGCCGAGGACGACCAGAGAAACAUGUUGCCGGAGUUGCGAAAGCAUUCACGUCGGGAGUACCUAAAGAAACGCGAGGAGGAGAAACUAGAGGACCUGGAGGCUGAGAUUAAGGAUGAAGAGUACCUGUUUUCCUCUGAUAAUCUGACGGAGCGUGAGAAAAAAGACCUGGAUUACAAACGAACGCUGAGAGACCUGGCCAAAGAGUAUAAGAAGGCUGGAGCGAGGGAGCAGGAGGAGAGGAAGAACAGAUACUACAUGCCAGAGGAGAAAAGGAGCAAAGAUGUUCCUCAGAGGGACUUGGAGCUGGAGGACACACCCAUGGAGCUUGGAGGGGAGCAGAGCCGAUGGGAGGAGGAGCGACUGCGCACCGCAGCGCUCAGUUUUGGGGCGAAGAGUGAGAGAGAGCUGCGUGCCCAGCAGGAGCAGGAGAGAUACCAACUCAUCCUGGAGGAAGAGGAGAUGAUCGACUUUGUCAGCACAGCCAUCACCAUGAAGGGAACCCUCACAGAGAAGGAGCAGGAGGAGCCCACUCUGUCCCAGGCCGAUCUGAAGAAGCAGUCGAUGCAGGAGGUGCGCCGCAGUCUGCCCAUCUUCCCCUACAGAGAGGACCUGCUGCGGGCCAUCACAGAGCACCAGAUCCUUGUCAUCGAAGGAGAGACGGGCUCAGGGAAAACCACCCAGAUCCCACAGUAUCUCAUGGAGGAUGGUUACACUAAAGGAGGGAUGAAGAUCGGCUGCACUCAGCCUCGUAGAGUGGCAGCCAUGUCUGUGGCGGCUCGAGUGGCUGAAGAAACCAGCGUCAAACUGGGAAACGAGGUGGGGUACAGUAUUCGUUUUGAGGACUGCACAUCAGAGAGGACGGUGCUUAAAUACAUGACUGAUGGGAUGUUACUGAGAGAGUUCCUGACUGAGCCAGACCUGGCCAGCUACAGUGUGGUGAUCAUCGAUGAGGCCCAUGAGCGCACUCUUCACACAGACAUCCUGUUUGGUUUGAUCAAAGACAUCGCCCGCUUCAGACCUGACCUCAAAGUCCUGGUUGCCAGUGCCACCCUGGACACAGAGCGCUUCUCCUGCUUCUUCGACGACGCACCAGUCUUCAGGAUCCCAGGGAGAAGGUUCCCUGUGGACAUUUUCUACACCAAGGCUCCAGAGGCAGAUUACCUUGAGGCGUGUGUGGUGUCUGUUCUUCAGAUCCACGUCACUCAGUCUCCAGGGGACAUCCUGGUCUUCCUCACUGGUCAGGAGGAGAUCGAAGCGUGCUGUGAGCUGUUGCAGGAGCGAUGUCGGCGUCUGGGAUCUAAAAUCGCUGAGUUGGUGAUUCUUCCCAUUUACGCCAAUCUGCCGUCGGACAUGCAGGCCAAAAUCUUCACUCCCACUCCCCCGGGCGCCCGCAAGGUCGUUGUAGCCACGAACAUCGCAGAGACCUCCCUGACCAUAGAUGGCAUCAUUUACGUGAUUGACCCCGGCUUUUGUAAACAGAAGAGUUACAACGCUCGGACAGGGAUGGAGUCGCUCAUUGUCACGCCAUGUUCACGGGCCUCAGCUAACCAGCGCGCGGGCCGAGCAGGACGAGUGGCUGCAGGGAGGUGCUUCAGGCUGUACACGGCCUGGGCCUUCAAGCACGAGAUGGAGGAGACCACAGUCCCAGAGAUACAGAGAACCAACCUGGGCAACGUGGUGCUGCUGCUCAAGAGCUUAGGCAUAAAUGACCUGAUUCUUGACUUCAUGGACCCUCCUCCUCAUGAGACUCUGGUCCUGGCUCUGGAGCAGCUGUACGCACUUGGAGCACUCAACCAUCUGGGGGAGCUCACCAAGUUGGGGCGUCGAAUGGCUGAGCUGCCCGUGGACCCCAUGCUCAGUAAAAUGAUUCUUGCCUCAGAGCAGUACAAGUGCUCAGAGGAGAUCCUGUCCAUCGCCGCCAUGUUGUCUGUGAAUAACUCCAUCUUCUAUCGGCCCAAAGACAAAGUGGUGCACGCCGAUAACGCUCGCAUGAACUUCACUGUGCCCGGAGGAGACCAUCUAGUGCUGCUCAACGUGUACAACCAGUGGGUGGAGAGCGGCUUCUCCACACAGUGGUGCUAUGAAAACUUCAUCCAGUUUCGCUCAAUGAGAAGAGCGCGAGAUGUCCGCGAUCAGCUCGAGGGUCUGAUGGAGCGCAUCGAGGUGGAGGUGGUGAGCGCGCAGGGCGACUGUGUGCCCAUACGCAAGGCAGUCACAGCAGGAUACUUCUACCACACGGCGCGUCUCAGUAAAGGAGGAUACAAAACCGUGAAGCACCAGCAGACCGUGUACGUGCACCCCAACAGCUCCCUGUUUGAAGAGCAACCAAGAUGGCUCAUUUACCACGAGCUCGUCUUCACCACCAAGGAGUUCAUGAGACAGGUGAUAGAGAUCGACAGCAGCUGGCUGCUGGAAGUGGCUCCUCAUUAUUACAAGAGCAAAGAGCUGGAGGACAGCAGCACCAAGAAGAUGCCCCGGAAACAGGGCAAGACCAAGGACGAGCUCGGCUGAAGCUCCGCAAUACGCCUUUAAAUGGACUUGUGCAGAGAGCGGACUGUACAUACUAAAAACUGUCGGAGAAAACAAAGCUUGAAUCUGUUUUUUGUAAAAAUUUCAAUUAAAAUUCAUUUCUAAAAAACACUGUCUGUUUUGAUUUGUCCCUUUUAGGCUAGAUCUGCACCAAAAACUGUAUAAAUGGACAUGGUUAACCCGCUAGCUGCCGUGUGCCAAAUAGGAAGUGAGUAAGGGUGCUUCUGGCUCCAGUUCACUU